GAAACACUCACAAUUAUUCAUAUAAAAACGAGAGUAAAUGCUGCAUUAAUUACACUCGGCGACAAAACUUGACACCAACAUGUACAUCAAGGUCACUGUAUUAUUGGGCGUGGUGAGUCUGGCCUCCGCUGGCCAACUGCUGGAAGCCGUUGAGCCUGCGUACAGUUCAGCUCCUGCAGUCUCCUCCGUGUCAUUCACCUCUCAUACGUCUCACUCUCCCGUCACAUACGCAUCAGCUCCUAUCUACAAAAGUUAUGAAAGCGCACCUAUUGUAAAGUCCUACGAAAGUCCAGCCUAUGCGUACUCCACUCCAAUCGUAGCUAAGACUUACGCUGCUCCUGCAGUUACCUACUCUGCUCCAGUGUACGCCAAGUCUAUCUCUCCAGCUGUCUCUUACUCUUCAUACUCAAGCCACUCUGCUCCUCUGGCCUACGCCGCGGCUGCUCCCGUCAUCGCCAAGACCUACGCCGCUCCUGCUUACACCACAUACUCUGCCGCUCCCGUUGUGACUAAGGCUAUCGUCCCAGCGGUAUCUUACUCAAGCCAUUCAGCUCCUAUCGCUUACGCUGCAAGUCCCGUCAUCGCGAAGUCCUACGCUGUUCCUGAAGUGGCCACAUACUCCGCUGCUCCCGUAUUAAAAUCUGCAGUGACCUAUGGUGCCAACUAUGGCUGGUGAUUUGUUUGUAGUUAAAGUUUUUAAAAUAAAAAUGUUUCAGACAUAAUGAUCAUGUAAAUAAAUGUUGUUGAAACUUA